AUGACAGUUCAGCGACUGGUAUAUACCACAGCAGCUCAACAACAGAGAAGACCUCACAUAGGAGGACGAAGACCAAGAGAAGGAACUCCUCAAGAAGAAGCUCAUCAGGAAGAAGAUCAACAAGAAGAACAGCAUGAUCCAACCAACUUAAAUAUGAAUCAUCUUCUAAGAGCCAUUGAAGAUCUGGGGAUGAGACAGAUGGAGGGACAAGAGCAAAUACUGAACAUUCAGUCCAACUGGAUGAGACAACAAGAACAGUGGCAGAAACAGCACAUGGAGCAGCAACAAGAGCAGUACUCACAGCUCACUCAAGCCAUCCACCAAGUCACUGAGAGGCAAGAACGUCAAGAGAAGCACUUGCAAGAAAUCAAUCAAAGAACAGUGGCUCAGAUGAAAGCAUUCAAUGAGUUCAAUGUGCUUAAUGAAGGGAGGCAAUUGCAUAGGGAUGAGUUCAACGUAAAUACUCAAGCCAGGUUGAACUACAUGUCUAGUAAUUUGCAUCAUCUACACUAUGCCAUCCCCACAUAUGAUGAGGUCCAAAAAGAUUUUGUAGAUCAAGAAGAAAGGAAGGUGAAACAGCAAAAGGAAACACUCAAGAAGAAGAUGGAAGAUGGUGGGUUUUGGAAGAAGUUGAUUGGAAGAAGCAAAGGGAAUGGAAGUUCGAGCACGCAAGGAGAACAAGAAAAAGAGCAUGGACAACCCCAUGAAUAA